AUGGCGGACCGAUACUCUUUCUCCCUGACGACCUUCUCGCCCAGCGGCAAGCUGGUCCAGAUCGAAUAUGCAUUGAACGCCGUCAACCAGGGUGUGACAGCUCUGGGCAUCAAAGCCACCAACGGAAUUGUCCUCGCGACCGAAAAGAAAUCCUCCUCCCCUCUCAUCGAUCCCCCCUCGCUCUCCAAGAUUUCUUUGAUUACCCCGGACAUCGGCAUGGUCUACGCCGGCAUGGGCCCCGACUACCGCGUUCUGGUGGACAAGGCCCGCAAGGUCUCGCACACAGGCUACAAGCGCAUCUACAACGAAUACCCGCCGACGCGUAUCCUGGUGCAGGAUGUGGCGCGCGUGGUGCAAGAAGCCACGCAGUCCGGAGGUGUGCGGCCGUACGGUGUCAGUCUGCUUGUUGCGGGCUGGGAUGAGGGCGUCGAGCCCGAGGUUGAGUCCGACGACAAGGAGAAGCCGUCUGGCAAGACUGGUGGUAUCUUGAAGGGCGGCCCUUCGCUGUACCAGGUUGAUCCCAGCGGCAGCUAUUACCCGUGGAAGGCGACUGCCAUCGGUAAACACGCGACCAGUGCCAAAACGUUCCUGGAGAAGCGGUACACAGAGGGAUUGGAGCUGGAGGAUGCCAUCCAUAUUGCACUGUUGACGCUUAAGGAGACUAUUGAGGGAGAGAUGAACGGAGACACAAUAGAGAUUGGAAUUGUUGGCCCGCCUGCGGAUCACCUUCUGGGCUACGAGGGCGUGGAGGGCGCACAAGGACCUCGGUUCCGAAAGCUGACCAAGGAGCAAAUCGAGGACUACCUGACCAACCUAUAA